AUGAGUGAAGUGUUUAACGGAUACGAGCGGCAAUAUUGCGAGCUCUCUGCGAAUCUUUCAAAGAAGUGUUCUUCAGCUGUUGCCCUUGAUGGAGAUCCUUUAUUUACUGCUAACCUCUUGUCUAUUUCAUGCGUUCAUGAGAUUCAAUUGAUAGUAUCUUGCUUGUUUGCAGAACAAAAGAAGCAGAAGCUCUCUGAAAUAAAAUCUGGCCUGGAAAAUGCAGAAGCAUUGAUUAGGAAAAUGGAUCUUGAGGCGAGGAGCCUUCCACCAAAUAUUAAGUCCAGCCUCCUUGUCAAGUUAAGAGAAUUCAAGUCUGAUCUGAACAAUUUCAAAACGGAAGUGAAGAGAAUCACAUCUGCAAACUUGAACGCUGCUGCUCGAGAUGAGUUGCUUGAAGCUGGUAUGGCCGACACAAAGACGGCUUCAGCUGAUCAGAGAUCAAGGUUGAUGAUGUCAACGGAACGUUUGGGUCGAACCACAGACAGAGUCAAGGACAGUCGUAGAGUCAUGAUGGAGACUGAAGAUAUCGGCGUUUCGAUCCUCCAAGACUUGCACAGUCAGAGACAAUCUCUCCUACGCGCCGGUGACACGCUUAGUGGAGUAGACGAUAACAUUGGGAAGAGCAAGAAGAUCUUGACAGGCAUGACGAGGAGGAUGAACAAGAACAAAUGGACCAUUGGAGCCAUUAUCACGGCUUUGGUCGCAGCCAUUAUCCUCAUCUUGUACUUCAAGCUCACU